AUUUCGAUCUCUCUUCACUUAACCGGCUCAUGCGCUGUGCUCACGUUUUAUCCCUGUGAACCUGCGAGCGAUGUCAAUUCCGACCAUACCGAAUUAUUAUCCCCAAGCGCAUUACACUACACCUUCAGCCUCACCAACAGCCGCUACCCCAGGCCUCACCGGAGCUGUCGCUCCAGUUCCAGUUCCAACUCCAGCUCUAGCAUCUACGACGUUGUCAUCGACGCAUUAUACACCCUCGCCAUCUGCUGCUCAGUAUCUUGCUCAAUACGCUAGUUUGCGUGCUGGGACACCCACUUCUGCUGGUGGUUCUUAUUCUUUUCCUUCGACGACCUAUAAUGCUUCGUCGUAUGGAUCGGGAAUUCCCGGGGUUAGUGGGAUUCCUGGUGUAACAACUGCAAUGGGAGUAGGAACACAUAAAUCACCUACAGGAACAAUCCGCCCUUCGUCGCCUGUCGCUCCUGCAGUCACUUCACGAGAAGCAAGUCAGUCUAUACAAAGAUUAGCUGCAGGUGAAUUGCGGAAUGCUGGGUUCGAUGGUGCGAUGCCGGAAGCAUUGUAUAUCAUUGAACAAGAGGUUGUUGGAUUCGUUCAAUCUUUAUACACUCUCGCGCACUCGUACUCUAACCUCGCAAAUAGAUCAGGACCAAUCGCUACUGAUUUACUUCUUGCGGCGGAAGAUUUCGAGAAAGAUUGGGCGUAUGAUGUCGGCCCGAAAACAUUGGCGAAAUGGAUUAGGAAGAGGAAGAGGAAACAGAUGAAAGGAAGGGACACAAAGGGAAAAGCAAAAGCAAAACCGCCACCAUCCCUCAACGUCGUCCCUUAUCCUCCUCGUUCACCUACUCCAGAAUUACUCCAUUCCGACGACGAGAUCGACAUAGAAGACCCAGACCCCACACCCACUGCACCGGUCCAACAACAAAAAUCCCACUACCCCAAUCACCAAAUAAACCACAUCCCACCAACCGCACAUCCAACUCACCUUUCACUCGCUCCUCCAUCGUUGACCUCACAUAAUCAAAUCCAGGCUUCUAAUCCAGCGGCAACGACCACGACGAAAUUGCGCACGAUACCAACAUCCACAUUGCGUAAUCUCCCGGGAAAUUUACCUGGUUUGCCGCCCAAACAUACAUAUUUGCAGACACCAGCCGCACCCCGUCGUGCCCUUUCCCAAAACUCAACCUCAUCCACGUCAAAUUCAAACGCUACCCCAAAAUCCCAAAACCAGCUCCAAAUGGAAAAAAAGCUCCGCACUGCCGCACUCGUUCAAGAAUCGCUCAAGAACCUCCUUUUAGCAACAGAGUAUAGCGAGGAGGAUGAUAUGGAUAUUGAUUCUUCUCCGAAUGGUGUGAAUGGGCCUGGAGGGAGUGGCAGUGGCAGUGGAGGUGUGGCAGCGACGGCGAAACAGAAUGCGGAGCUGUUGGGGCAUAUUGUCAAUUGGGAGAGCACAAUUGGGUUGGGGGUAGGUGGUGGAGGUGGGGGGAGGAAAAGAUGGAGGGUUUAGAGGAGAGGUGGAGAAACCUUGAGUUAUGUGCAUGUGUAUGUAAGGUACACUGAUAGUAGAAUGAACAAUUAUUUGCUC